UUAAGAACUACUAACGAAAGUAAAUGGUUGUUGGCAACGAAUGCGAGAGGCAUCAGCCGUUGUGGUCAACGUCCAGUUGUGGUGUAGCGCUCCUCCUGGCCGGGCGACUAUAGUGCUGCAGCCUAGUCCACCAGUGCUGACUUCAGGAUGCUAAUGCUAGCGUUGUGUGGGUGGGUGGUGGCGGUGAUGGGCAGCGAGGCCGGCUACGGCUACACUAGUCAGCCCACCAGUCACGUCCCUCCGGUCGUCCACACCCGAGCAGGGGCCACAUCCGGCAUCACAGAGGAGUCUACCAAGGGCAGAAGAUUCUUCUCUUACUACGGAAUUCCCUACGCCAAGCCUCCUGUCGGCCAGCUCCGACUCCAGGACCCGGUGGCCGCGGAGGCGUGGGGUGGAGUGAGGAACGGGUCCGUCCUGCCGCAGCCGUGUGUCCAUGUGCCCUUCCUAGUGAGCGUGGCGGGAUCCAGGCUACAGCCCCAAAUGCUCCCUGGAGUCGAAGAUUGUCUCUACCUGAACGUGUUUACGCCCAGGGUGGAGCUGUACAAGAGGCUUCCCGUGAUGGUGUUUAUACACGGAGGAGGCUUCUACUCCGGAGGCACCAAUGAAUACCUGCCGCACGUCCUCCUUAACCACGAUAUUGUCCUUGUUGUCCUCCAGUACAGGAUUGGGAUCUUGGGAUUCCUGUCGACGGAAGACGCAGUUAUUCCUGGCAACUUAGGACUGAAGGAUCAGACGCUGGCUCUCCACUGGGUCCAGGAGAACAUACACAACUUCGGUGGAGAUCCCAACAGGGUCACUAUUUUCGGAGAGAGUGCCGGAGGGACUUCAGUGCACUUUCAUGUUUUGAGUCCGAAGUCAAGGGGUCUAUUUUCCCGGGUGAUCAUGCAGUCUGGGACGGCCAUCUCGCCCUUCUCUACAGGCGGACACCACCGGGAGGUCGCGGAGCACGUUGGCUAUUCACUAGGCUGUGACGCCAGCCAGGGCAGUCGCCACCUGCUGGCCUGUUUACAGACCCUCGACGCCAAGAAUUUAUCAGCAACUAUCCAAGAUUUCUUCGAGUGGCUCAUUGCCCCGUUGCCUUUGCGGCCGCGCGUCGAUGGCGACUUCCUUCCGGAUAAACCAGAGAUCUUGUUGCGCGAGAGGCGGUACAACCCAGUGGACAUCAUCAUCGGCACAACCUCUCACGAAGGGAUGCUCAUCGGCUAUCCACUCUUUGCUGGGAAGGAAGUAUCAGAGGCUCUGUUGACAAACUUCUCGCAUGUCGGACCUCUGAGUUUGCUGUGCGAUGACUGCUCGUCUGACCCCGCUGACCUCGCCUCAAGGAUCUACACCCAUUACCUCGGAGGUGUCAAUUUCGACCUCCAGGCACAGAGCAGCCAGCUCAUAAGGAUGUUCAGCGAGUAUCACUUCCAAGUACCUCAAGACAUCGCAGUGUUGAUGCAUGCCAAGCACAGUCACCCUUAUAACAAGAUGUAUAGUUAUGAACUUGAACACCGCGGCCAACUCUCCUUUGGCGACUUCUUUGUUCCGGAACUAAGUAACAACUUUGUGAGUCACGCGGACGAUCUGUACUACCUGUUCAGGGGCGGCCCUUUCCUCCAGCCGCCCUUCGGCCCUCCUUCACGACCCAAGGACUUGGAGCGCGAGGUGGACCUCACAGUGAGGGACCUCAUCACAACCAUGUGGACCAACUUUGCUGCUUUCGGGAACCCAACACCUGACGGUAGUCUGGGCUUUGUGUGGGAACCCGUCCACCAGGACAACUACAGCCGUCUGGCCAUCACCACGGCGCCCGCCAUGAAGAGCGACGACCGGAGACAGUCACGUGACUUCUUGACCUCGCUGCCCACGCCACAGAACUUCAUCUUGUUUCCAGAGAAGGUGACCCCAGCCUACAGCGGCUCACAGUUCCUGCUAAGGCAGCAGUAUAACUAAGAUGUUUGAGAGACGAAGACGUCAAAGAAAUUGCUUCUAUCCUCAAUCAUUAAUGCCUCGCAUGACCAGCAAUGCACAAAGAGUUAAGAGAAAUACAGAAAUCUGUUGGCUCAUACGGGGCAGCUCAUAUUGAUAAAGAACCAAAUGUCAUAUACCUUCCAUUGAAACGAUUGUUCUUUGAAGCAAACUACAAGAAAAUAAUGAUCUAGCACAGUCUUGUUCACAGAUGAAACGAGAAUUAACUUGAAAGCGGAAAAUAUUGAGAAAGACGAACUCUUCAUGGUCCAGUGCACACUACCUCUCCUGUGAGCCAUGGUGAUGGUACAGUGGCUCACACUACCUCUCCUGUGAGCCGUGGUGGUACUAUGGCUGCGAUGUAUAUGGCUGGGACUGGCUCUUUUGCCUACUGAGGAUGUGACUGCUGAUGGCAGCAGCAGUAUGAUUUCUAAAGUGUACUGAAACGACAUACCUGCUCAGAUUUAACCAAAUACCUCAAAACAAAUUUAAAGGCGCUUCAAUUUUCCGCAGGAUUAGUACUCCCAGUAGUACUGUUUAGGCAACUAAGGAGUUCUUAUAACCGAAAAAUUCAAUGUUCUUGUCUGGCCCAUCCAUCAUCAUACUAUCAUGCAAGAGGAACCACACAUCUAUAGUUCAUCCAAUAAAAUCAGCAGACUUCUA